UUUGUCACCUAGGAAAUCCGAAUCCAACAACUGUUCUCGUUCUCCGGUGACAAGUGUAGCUGUAAGCGGUGAUUAAUCCAUUAUUUUUGGGCCUUUGUCUCGCGCAGACAUUGUUUGCAUAGUUGGGCUUUCGAUGCAUUCUUCCGUUUGUGACGCCGCCGAUGUCGAUUCCCUUCUCUGCUGCUGCUGCUGACUCACGAGUGAAUGGACUGCGGAUGCACCAGUAGGAGGCUUCCCGAUAAGUCUAGGCUUCGGAGUCAGUCACAUGCCGGCUCACAUGACAGCCCGUCCGCGCUUAGAGUCGGUCCGUCCGUAAACAUCGUUGUGUGGUCACCCACUCUGCCCAUUUAGGGUCAGAAUCCCUGAUAAGAGGCUGCCUGCCGGCCAGUGCUGUGCAAGACUGGACUUGAGAACUUGAGACCAGCCAGCCGGUCAGUGAUAAGCUUUGACUUGUACCACUUUUGCAAUUGUUUCCUAAUCGUCAUGUGUUUAAAGCCGACUUUGGUUUAUGCCCUAGUUUCUAUUUUUUGCAAUUCAUCAAUACUUUGGAUUGCAUUGUUCUUUGUGUUACAAUUGUCUAUAUAUUUCUUAUCAGUGCUUCGAGAGUUGCCUGUUUUUGUUAUUUGUUAUAAAGUGGCGUGCCAAGCACCAUUAGCCACGUAUGGGGGCGUAUAAUUAGGGAUUUUCGUGCAGAUCUGUUUGAUAAAACUCCCAUACAUGGGAGUUUUUUAAUUUCCCCUGAAAAGGUUUAUCUUGUUAUUGGGUAUUGAAGCUCUAGCAGUUUCAGAGCAAGAGAAUAAACCCGCAUUCCAUGCUAUAUCAUAUCUAUUAUAAGGGAUUCACAUCCGCUUGAAAUGAAUAAUUUCAAAAAAUAAAAUAAUUAUGACUGAACUUCAAAUAGAGAUAAAACACAAUUUUAUCCAAAUAUUCAAACCUUUUAUAUUUUUUUGUGCUAUACAUUAUGAUAAAGAAUAAUCAAAUGUUCCUUAUUGUUUUUAAAAAAUUUUGUUUAAAAAACCCCAAGCUGAAAAACAAAAAUUUCAAAAAUGUACCAAUCUAACGGUUUGUUUUUUACAUACAUUAUUUUGACAUGUAAAAUACUUGUGUACUGCGGUCACACCAAAAGUGCUGCCCAUAAUGUAGAACCAAAAAAAUGAACCCGCGCAAUUCAAAACAAUAAGUUGUUUACGUUCCGUUUCGAGUUCGUCUUGAGCAAGCGCGAAACUAUAAAUCUUAAUCUCUUUGGAGAGUUCAAAGUGCCACAAUCUGCGGUUGCAUAUUAGCAGCUGCAAAUGUAGCUGUCAAGUUAUUUCCCCCGCUGAUAAGCGUUUAUAUCAAUAUAAAUGCGUUUCCACCAGGCUCCCGCUUUCAACAAACAAACAAACGUACGAUGUGGGAAAAAUAGCAAUAAUAAUAAUAAUAAUACUAAACAAGGGGUAGGGGGUCGAGCAUUUUAGAAGUGACGCGUGACGGAUCACUUAGCAGCUUAUCAAGUUGCCAUUUGAAUUUGGCGUAUGAGUGCCGAAACCGCUCAUUUCUGGUCACCGAGCUUUGUUUUUUUGUUUAUUCAAUUUCUUAGCAAUUGAAAAUCGCUCAAAUACAAACAACAAGUGGCUGGGAAAUAUUCGCCUGACUUGCAAAAAAACCUGAGGAUUUUUGAUUUUUGAUACCGCCUUCUCAUGUUUGUGGAUUUCUCCAUUUUUUCUUGUUAUGCUAACCGGUUAGGAAUAUUUGAAUACAUUGCCCGAAAUCCUUAUAAAUCAUUGGUCUUCAAAAAGAAAAAAACCGGUUAGUUUUAAACUGUUCCAUAAUGCGCACAAUGCAAAAAAAAAUAAAGAAAAAAAAAAUAAACAGAAUACUAAACAAGAAAUAUAUAGAGUAGUACGCGCUUCCUCCAAAUAGUUCGCCUACAUAGGUUUCUCUCGGUACCGCCGGAUCGUCGGAGAGAUUCGGGUGAGUUCGGCUGAGCACCACCACCACCACCAUUAGUACCAGCAGUACCAGCACCAACAGGCCACCACCAAAAGCGCGGUGUUAUUUUUCUCUCAACGCUCAAGGCAGGCGGUCGGGUCGAUACGCAAAAGUAAAAAUAUAUACCGAGGGAGCGCCACAUAUCGCAGAGAAAAAAAGAAAUAAAAGGAGCGCCCCCCUCCAGAACCCCGAAAGAAAAGCACACGCGUCAUCCAAAAAAAACGUGCUACUAGUAGUAGUCCUUCCCCCCUCGAAGAUAUCCAACUGAAAGCGGGAAAAUUACAUAAAAUUCAAAAAGGAGCAUGGCCGAUCCAAAUAGCCUGAAUGUGGCCGUGGAUGUGGUGUGUCCCAUCGCCAUCGUUGUGGUCAUGCUGUUCGUCAACGCCUUCAUCUUGGUGUUCAUCUUGAAGAAGCGGAAGGCGUACCAGAACCUUAAAGCUACCGAGGAGCAGCCCAGAACGUCCUAUGCCGCCACCAGCACCCAUGUGGUAGCCACUCCACAAGCGGAGACGGAGGACGACUGUGCCAUCGAAAUGGAACGGCUGUAGCAGGAGAGAAGGAUAAGAAGUCAGCAGAUAUAAGUCCUAGAUACUCAACCUCGUCCAAGCUCAAGCAGCAACGAAUUUUCCUAACUGAAGAUAACUAAACUAUUACUAAACUGUUACUCAAAAGUAGCAAGAUUUAUUGCUCUCUGGUGGGGAAAAAGUCACGUCAAACUAUAAAGUAUAUUUAUACAAAUUGUAUACGUCGAGAGUGCCUAGACUGCACGUGCAUUUAAUAACUGUUUUUAAGCUGUUAAUUAUAUAUCACUAUAUUCAUUUUCUAUCAAAAAUUAUCGCCAAAAUGUCAACAAUAAAACGUGUGAAGUCUAUCAUGUUCCAUCAAAAAUGAGUCAGAUUUUGUGGUAGAAAAAUCAAUAGGUCAUUGGUGCAGACGGUUGCUUUCUAAAGGUUUCCCUCAAUAGGGUCGGACAUCGGACAUCGGACAUCAUGAUAUGCUGCUAUGCAUGUCUUAAAUUCGAAUCAAUUAUGUCAAUUAUAUGAGUGGACCCCCAGCAUCCUCCCCUCGCCAUCCGGUGGCCUGUUGGGGCGACAAUUGUUGCUCUGUUCUGGGGAGCUGGUUCGUUAGUUCGUUCGGCUUUGGUGUCCAAAAUAAUUACAUAUUCAUGUUUCUCACAUGACUGACCAAUAUACGGGUUUAUUGUUGGGUUUCAAAUAGUUUAUAUAUGUUUCUGUCCCAUUUCUAGGAAACUCCAAGAUUUCUCUUAACUCCUAACUCCCUGUCCAAGUUCUUGAUUUAUUUGAAAGAAAAAUCCACCCCUGAAUGGGAUCAAUGGAUAUCACCCAAGUCGCAUACCUCGCCGGCCCUCCAUUCUCUUUAUAGCUAUCAUUUGUUUAGCGUUCGUGCUAUUUCCGUACCAAGUCAAUAUGCGGGCCAAACAAACAACCCCAACGAAUAUUCCGGCAUUGCAUUCUAAUCCGGGUCAUAGAUACAAAGAUACUCUUACCUGUGAUGGUGGCAACUACCUGGAAAACUAUCAACGUUGCCUAAUAGUUGUUGAAAAAAGUUUAACAAUUUUAUUGCCAUGUUACGAGCUGUUUUAUGGACCUUAGCUACCGUGACCAAGACUGCUUUUUGGUCAGGGAGAGAGAGAGAGAAUAGCUCGUGCCAGGUUGAACAUUUCGGUGAUAAGGUUAUCUCAGCACUAAGAACUUUUGAUUGAGGUGUGAUCGUAAAUCUCUAGUUUACGUAAACGCUUCUAGAGAUUUUCCAAAAAAAUAAUAUGUUGAUAGUGGAAAUGCAUUUGAAUGCCAACUUCCCACUUGGUGGUGGUAUCUAAUCGAGGAAGCAUGUACCAUAGGUACUAUAGAUAAGAACAAAUAUAGAUUACAGUCUGUGCAUGGUAAAGAAGCAACCAUUUUUUGUUGUCAACAGUUGGAACACCGCAAGAACUACCUGGAUGAGACCGAGGAGCGC